AUGAGCCGAGCCGCGUUGGCCAACGUCAGCGGGGGCGUGGAAUACCGAGACUCGCUCGGCAAGGCGGUGGUCAAGAACGUGGCGGUGCUCGCCAUCGGACUCUCCAUCAACUACAUCAACGUCAGCCUCAUGUACACCUUCUGUAAGCACCAGAUCUUCUACUGCAACCCUCGCUACAUCCUGUUCUUCCACCUGGUCCUGAACGACAUGAUCCAGAUGAGCGUGAGCGUCAUCCUGUUUGUCGUCAGUUACGCCCUCUACAGGAUCAGCGUGUCCGUGUGCGGCGCCUUCAUCCUGAUGGCCGUCAUCACCUCGGAGAACACGCCCCUCAACCUGGCCUGCAUGGCGGCCGAGUGCUACGUGGCCGUUUGUCUGCCGCUUGGCCACGCCCGCAUCUGUACGGUCAGGAGGACUCUGGUCCUCAUCGCCUUGAUCUGGACCGUCAGCCUCAUCUCCACCUUCCCGGACCUCUUCGUUACGUUGGCCACCGAGCCUCUGGAGUUCUUCUCGACCGAAGUUUUCUGCGUCCGAGAGACCGCCUUUCCCAAUCCGAUGCUGGCCCAGAAGCGGGACAUCACCUACAUCGUGUACCUGGUCCUGGUCUGGUCGGUCAUCUUCUUCCUGUACUUCAAGAUCCUGUUCACAGCCCAAUUGGCCAGCAAUGACUCCAAGAAGGCCCUGAGGACCAUCGUCCUGCACGGCGUUCAGGUUCUGAUGUGCAUGACCAUGUACGCCGAGGCUCCGGUCAAGAUCGCGCUACUCCGCUGGUUCCCCGAGAACUACUCCGACUCGCUGUUCGGUUGCUACAUCAUCGUGCAGAUCCUGCCCCGCGCCAUCAGCCCCGUCAUAUACGGCGUGAGGGACAAGUGCUUCAGGAAGUACCUCAAACACUACCUGAUCUGCAGGAAAAGCCCUCAGUGA